GCAAGAUCAGCCCGCCCUCCUCCCCCUACGCCGCCGCCCUCCCUUCCUCGAGCGGCUCGGGAGCUCAGCUCAGCUCAGCUCAGCGCAGCGCAGCGCGGCGCAGCUCCGCAGCCGCCAAGGCGAGACCGGCACGGUCUCCCGGUUGCCAGCGCCGGCUCCGAGCUCCCGCUCCUCGCCCGGGCUCCGCCGGGUCUCGCUUCUACGGGGACCCUCGGGCAGGCGUCGCGUGGCGAGGGCCGGCGGCAGCCGCACAAAGUUGAGCGCCCGCGAGGAUGAGGCUGGCCCCAGCACCCCUGAGGCUAAGUCGGAGUCCAGCGCUGCUGGCCCUGGCGCUGCCCCUGGCCGCGGCGCUGGCCUUCUCCGACGAGACCCUGGACAAAGUGCCCAAGUCGGAGGGCUACUGCAGCCGCAUCCUGCGCGCCCAGGGCACGCGGCGCGAGGGCUACACCGAGUUCAGCCUCCGCGUGGAGGGCGACCCCGACUUCUAUAAGCCGGGAACCAGCUACCGAGUAACGCUUUCAGCUGCCCCUCCCUCCUACUUCAGAGGAUUCACAUUAAUUGCCCUCAAAGAGAACAGAGAGGGCGAUAAGGAAGAAGACCACGCUGGGACCUUCCAGAUCAUAGAUGAAGAAGAAACACAGUUUAUGAGUAACUGCCCCGUUGCGGUCACGGAAAGCACCCCACGGCGGAGGACACGGAUUCAGGUGUUCUGGAUAGCGCCCCCAGCGGGUACAGGCUGUGUGAUUCUCAAGGCCAGCAUCGUACAGAAACGCAUCAUUUAUUUCCAAGAUGAGGGCUCUCUGACCAAGAAGCUUUGUGAACAAGAUUCCAUGUUUGACGGGGUAACUGACAAACCCAUCUUAGACUGCUGUGCCUGUGGAACUGCCAAGUACAGACUCACAUUUUAUGGGAAUUGGUCCGAGAAGACGCACCCAAAGGAUUACCCUCGUCGGGCCAAUCACUGGUCUGCAAUCAUUGGUGGAUCCCACUCCAAGAACUACGUGCUGUGGGAGUACGGAGGCUACGCCAGCGAAGGUGUCAAACAGGUUGCAGAACUGGGCUCACCCGUGAAAAUGGAAGAAGAAAUUCGGCAACAGAGUGAUGAGGUCCUCACUGUCAUCAAAGCCAAAGCGCAGUGGCCGGCCUGGCAGCCUCUCAACGUGAGAGCUGCACCCUCGGCCGAGUUCUCUGUGGACAGGACACGCCACUUGAUGUCCUUCCUGACCAUGAUGGGCCCCAGCCCCGACUGGAACGUGGGCCUGUCUGCGGAGGAUCUGUGCACUAAGGAGUGCGGCUGGGUCCAGAAGGUGGUGCAGGACCUGAUCCCCUGGGACGCGGGCACUGACAGCGGGGUGACCUAUGAGUCACCCAACAAGCCCACAAUUCCCCAGGAGAAAAUCCGGCCCCUGACCAGUCUGGACCAUCCUCAGAGUCCUUUUUACGAUCCAGAGGGUGGGUCCAUCACUCAAGUGGCCAGAGUUGUCAUCGAGAGAAUCGCCCGGAAGGGGGAACAAUGCAACAUUGUACCUGAUAAUGUCGAUGAUAUUGUAGCAGAUUUGGCUCCAGAAGAGAAAGAUGAAGAUGACACCCCUGAAACCUGCAUCUACUCCAACUGGUCCCCGUGGUCCGCCUGCAGCUCCUCCACCUGCGACAAAGGCAAGAGGAUGCGGCAGCGCAUGCUGAAGGCGCAGCUGGACCUCAGUGUCCCCUGCCCGGACACCCAGGACUUCCAGCCCUGCAUGGGCCCUGGCUGCAGUGAUGAAGACGGCUCCACCUGCACCAUGUCCGAGUGGAUCACCUGGUCACCCUGCAGCAUCUCCUGCGGCAUGGGCAUGCGGUCCCGGGAGAGGUAUGUGAAGCAGUUCCCUGAGGACGGCUCUGUGUGCACGCUGCCCACCGAGGAGACAGAGAAGUGCACAGUCAACGAGGAAUGCUCUCCCAGCAGCUGCCUGAUGACCGAGUGGGGCGAGUGGGAUGAGUGCAGCGCCACCUGCGGGAUGGGAAUGAAGAAGCGGCACCGCAUGGUCAAGAUGAGCCCGGCGGACGGCUCCAUGUGCAAGGCUGAGACAUCCCAGUUGGAGAAGUGCAUGAUGCCCGAAUGUCAUACCAUCCCCUGCUUGCUGUCCCCGUGGUCUGAGUGGAGUGACUGCAGCGUGACCUGUGGGAAGGGCAUGCGGACCCGCCAGCGGAUGCUCAAGUCUCUGGCCGAACUCGGGGACUGCAAUGAGGAGCUGGAGCAGGUGGAAAAGUGCAUGUUGCCCGAAUGCCCCAUCGACUGCGAGCUCACCGAGUGGUCCCAAUGGUCAGAAUGUAACAAGUCCUGUGGGAAAGGCCACAUGAUUCGAACCCGGAUGAUCCACAUGGAGCCUCAGUUUGGAGGUGCGCCCUGCCCAGAGACUGUACAGCGAAAAAAGUGCCGCGUCCGGAAAUGCCUGAAAAAUCCUUCCAUCCAGAAGCUGCGCUGGAGGGAGGCCCGAGAGAGCCGGAGGAGUGAGCAGCUGCGGGAGGAGUCCGAGGGCGAGCCGUUCCCAGGCUGCAGGAUGCGCCCGUGGACAGCCUGGUCGGAAUGCACUAAACUGUGUGGCGGCGGCAUCCAGGAACGCUACAUGACCGUCAAGAAGAGGUUCAAAAGCUCCCAGUUUAGCAGCUGCAAGGACAAGAAGGAGAUCAGAGCGUGCAAUGUGCACCCUUGUUAGCCAGGGUGUCAGUGGUCCAGGGCCGCACCCUGGAUUCGUACAGUCACCAACGGCUGGAGUGUCUGUCUGCUUGUUGUUUAAGGCAAUUUAAAUUGUAUCUGCUAGUGUUCAUUUCUGCAGUCUGGUUCGCCCAGUAGUCUUGUGGAGGCCGGGGCCAUCCUUUCUGUCCACAGCUUGGUAGGCACAGGCUGCGUGGGGCACCCUCCUCCCCAACUGGCCCUCCUCCAGCACAGAAGUGAGAAGUGCCAGCCCCCCUGUCCUAGACAGAAAUGUGUCCCACCUGGGGGGCACACAGAAGCCUGGCCUCCUCCACAGGGAGGCAGCUGGGGCUGGAAGGGACUCCCAGAUCUCAGUCUCGGGGUACAGCAGGGAGGAAGCUGUCCUGCUGAGACGGAGAGCACAAAUGCCUCUCCUCCUUUCCCUCAGCCUGCUUGCUCAUGUAGGAACCUCUUGUCUGCCCGUGUCCUUUCAUUUAGUGUUAAGUCCUUUGCUGAGUCUCCUCGUGGGGAAAACAGCUGGUAGACAUGAAGAGCACUGAUAGAGGGUGGCUUUUCUUCCAGAAAUUCUGAAGUUCUGAAUACAUUUAUCUCCCCUUCUAAUGUUGGCUCCUGAUAUCCCCGAGAAAGGAAAAUGACGGCUGCUUUACUGGAAUGUAAGCUCGCCAGUAAUUACACCUGAAGUAAAAGGUACUAAGUCUAGAAAGGAUUUUUCCCUAGCUUUCUUCUUCUGUGUGUUACAAUUCUCCAGAAAGCCAGCCUUCUAAACCUUCUGACCUCAUCCUUACUAGAAACAAGGCAGCAAAACUGGCCUCCCUAGCAGUCCCCAGCCUGAGCUUUUAAUAUCUUCGGACACACACCUGGCUUUUUUUUUUAGUUAACAGUGUCUGCCCCCAUCCCACCAAGCCACUGUUUGAACAGAAAUACUAUCUAUACUUUGAAGAGUUUGUUUUAAGCCUAAAGUUUUAGAUGUAGAAAGAAAAAGUAUUUCAGAGACCAAGCAAGACAGAAAUCGAGGGAGAAAGGAAGAGUACAGAAUUGGGCUGGGUAGGAAAAUCUGGGGAAAGCCAAACUUUACCUGGGCUUUCCACACCAGGGCUCUGGUCCUCCAAGGCCAUGGUUUUCCCCUUCUGAGCACGCAUAAGCAUCAAAUUCAGGGAUUCUCACUAUCAACAAUUCGUGUAAGAAGACAUUUUUACUGAGCUGAGUACAGCAGCCGUUUUUACUCAUUCGUUUAUUGUUAAAACUUUCAUUUCUGUUGCAGGUUUAUCAUUACGCUUAGUCCAAAUAUGUAUCAUGGAUGAGAUGCUUUCAGUGUCUCGAGUACAGUACUUUAAGAAUUUGCAUUAAACACAUCAGGAUAUUUCCAAACACCACAUAUAUAUGAUAUAGCCCUGAAUCUUCAAUAAAAAACUCAUUUGGGUCUGUCUUCGUGUUUUUAAACUAUUAAGUGUUCAGAAGGUUGGGCCUGUGCUUGCUUCGGCAGCACAUAUACUAAAAUUGGAACGAUACAGAAGGUUGGGCCUUUUUCAGUUAGCCCACUGAUUCAUAUUCAGCAUGAUUUUUGCUCCCUCGUUGGAGAGGGACCAUUAUUACCACAUCCCAGAGUCUUCUGGAACUUUGAGUUGUUUCCAGUAUUAACUUCGUAAUCUUUAAAUGAAUUAUCUUGCCCCACAAAGGAGCAUAAUAUAAAGAAAUAAGAGAUUUAAUUUGGACAGAAAGUCUCGAUACAGAAUCUGCUCACUUGUGCAACAUUAUGCCUGGCAUACUUAUUUUUAACUCACAAAAAUCAAAGUUCUGCAUAUCAGUGAUUCUUAUGUAAGUCUAAGGACAAGCCACCCUAGUAUCUAGUGUUCUUAUCAGGUCUCUCUAGGAUACAUUUUAAAUCCUAAUUGUGGAGACUUAAAACCAGGUAACUGUUUAAUGGCUGAUAAUGGGUAACCUGUUUCUUGUUACGUAAGUGUUAUUUCUUUUGCAAGGGGGAAUUUAUAAGAAGCAUCAAAUCUCUUUCUUACCAAAGUCUUGGGUUAGGUAGUUUAUAGUUUUCCUGGCUAACCAAUCCUUUUGGAAAUAAAGACUUUUUUUUACUACAACAAUGAAAUGUUACAAGAGAUAAUAAACUGCUCAUAAGACACCCAGUGAGAACCGCCACAUAAAGGGGAGCUACAGUUGUAUAUAUCAUCAAUGACAAACCAGCUGUAACCCAAUUUACAUUCACAUUUUAAAAGGACAGUAAGUUUAGAGAUCUAUUCCCCAAGCAGACAAUGGGUCACUCACCUGCCACCUUCCUUGCCACUGCAUUAAUUGAAGGAAAUCUGUUGUAACAAAAGAGAAUAAAGCCUGGGCUUCUUCAGACCCAGAACUGAAAAAAAA